AGUCAGAACCUGGGUGUGGGUCCACUGGGCUCCCUGACCCAGGGGAGCUGCGAGGCAGGAAUGGGACUGGCCCUUUUUGGGACCAAAGGCAGAGUUACAACUCUUCCAAACUCUCUGGUUGGAAACACCGUGCCUCGCCAAAGGAUGCGGAAGCGGGCAAAAGUUUUAUCUUUGGCUAAAAGGAUUCUGCGUAUUAAGAAGGAGUGUCCAACUCUGCAGCCGAAAGAACCACCUCCCUCUUUGCUAGAGGCAGAUCUGACUGAAUUUGAUGUAAAGAAUUCCCAUUUGCCAUCGGAAGUCCUGUACAUGCUUAAAAAUGUUAGGGUCCUUGGCCACUUUGAGAAACCUCUUUUCCUGGAACUGUGCAAGCACAUGUUUUUUGUGCAAUUGCAUGAAGGUGAAUACAUCUUUCGUCCUGGGCAGCUGGAUAACAGCAUCUACGUUGUGCAGGAUGGCAAGCUGGAAGUUUGCAUUCAAGAAAGUGAUGGAACCGAAGUGGUUGUUAAGGAGGUGCUGGCAGGAGACAGCGUCCACAGCCUUCUCAGCAUUCUGGAUGUUAUCACAGGUCAUCCUGCUCCUUAUAAAACAGUCUCAGCCCGCGCAGCCAUUCCGUCCACUAUAUUGCGACUUCCAGCAAGUGCCUUUCAAGAUGUCUUCCAGAAAUAUCCUGAAACUCUUGUUAGAGUGGUACAGAUCAUCAUGGUAAGGCUACAGAGAGUGACAUUCCUCGCUUUGCACAACUACCUUGGUCUGACUACUGAGCUCUUUAAUUGUCAGAGCCAAGCCAUCCCACUCAUCUCUGUGACAAGUGUAACAUCUGGAGGAAGUUCAAGCAAAGCAGUAAAAAGACAAGUGUCUAAUGUAUCAGAGGAAGAUCGUGCAGAAAAGUUUGAAAAAGCAGGGGAAGCACAGGAAAUAGAUACCUUGAAGUUUUCUGGUACAGAAAACUCUGAGCAUGUUUUCAGAAGAAGCCUUUCUUCACCUCCCUAUGCAGGGUCUGCAGAGACUUCUAAUAAUUCCAGUGGUGCGAAGUCAGACAUGGACAUGGCGUAUGAAAGAGCCAGAGUGCACUUUGGCUCGGAGGACACUCCCAGCAGUCCUGUUGUGGGCAAGUCGAUUUUGAAGAAGACUGUGACGGUGACAGAAACUCCUUCAGCAGUUUUCCAUUAUAGUGCUGUGCAAGAUUCCUGUAAUAGCAAACAUAUUGAUGCCAUUGUCGAAGCAGCAAAGAAAGACCUUUCAACCUUGAUGAAACUUGAUGAUCCUUCGUUGUUGAAUGGCAAAGUGACGCUGCAUCAAGUUACUGCUGGGACUGUACUAUCGAGGCAAGGAGAUCAGGAUGUUAAUGUUUGCUUUGUGGUCUCGGGGAUGCUUCAUGUGUACCAACGGAAGAUAGACUCGGAGGAGGACACCUGUCUCUUCAUUACCCAUCCAGGAGAACUUGUAGGCCAGCUUGCUGUCCUGACUGGGGAACCACUGAUUUUCACCAUCAAGGCCAAUCGAGACUGCAGCUUCCUGUCUAUUUCCAAGUCCCAUUUUUAUGAGAUAAUGCGGGAGCAGCCAAGCGUAGUUCUUGGUGUGGCCCACACUGUUGUGAAGAGAAUGUCCCCAUUUGUCAGGCAAAUUGACUUUGCCCUGGAUUGGAUGGAGGUUGAGGCUGGACGAGCUGUUUACAGGCAGGGUGACAAGUCAGACUGCACGUACAUUGUGUUGAAUGGUCGACUUCGCUCAGUCAUACGGAUGGAUGAUGGAAAAAAGCACCUGACUGGUGAAUAUGGCCGAGGAGACUUAAUUGGAGUGGUAGAGGCAUUAACCCAUCAACCUAGAGCCACAACAGUACAUGCCGUCAGAGAUUCAGAACUUGCCAAACUCCCAGAGGGAGCACUGACGUCUAUUAAACGCAAAUUUCCCCAGGUUGUGACUAGACUUAUUCACUUGCUGGGCGAGAAGAUUCUUGGCAGUCUUCAGCAGGGAGGUCAUCCUCUUGGAUUACACAGCUCGAGUAGCAAGUGGGAUGCCGGAAAUCCUGCCAGCAAUCUCUCCACAGUAGCAAUUAUGCCGGUGUCUGAAGAGGUGCCACUUACGGCUUUUACUCUGGAGCUCAAGCAUGCUCUGAGUGCUGUGGGUCCUGCUUUGCUGCUCACCAGUGAUAACAUCAAACAGCGACUUGGUUCUGCUGCGCUGGACAGUAUCCAUGAAUACCGACUAACUAGCUGGCUGGGACAGCAGGAGGAUAUUCACCGUAUUGUGCUUUACCAGGCAGACAGCACCCUUACUCCCUGGACUCAGCGCUGCAUCCGGCAGGCUGACUGCAUCUUGAUCGUUGGCCUGGGAGACCAGGAGCCCACUGUUGGAGAGCUGGAGAGGAUGCUGGAGAACACUGCGGUCCGAGCCCAGAAGCAACUUGUCCUGCUCCAUAAGGAGGAUGGGCCUCUCCCUUCCCGAACUGUGGAAUGGCUCAACAUGCGGAGCUGGUGUUCUGCUCAUCUUCAUCUCCGCUGUCCGCGCAGAGUCUUUUCCAAAAGAAGCCUGCCCAAGCUGAUAGAGAUGUACGAACGCGUAUUCCAGAAACCACCAGACCGUCACUCUGACUUUUCUCGCCUGGCGCGUGUUCUGACUGGAAACGCCAUUGCGCUGGUGCUUGGGGGCGGAGGAGCAAGGGGAUGCUCCCAAGUGGGAGUUAUCAGAGCGCUGAUUGAAGCUGGCAUCCCGGUAGAUAUGAUCGGAGGAACAUCUAUUGGUGCUUUUAUGAGUGCCUUGUACGCCGAAGAACGCAGCUACAACCAGAUGAGGAUCAAAGCUAGGCAGUGGGCCAUGGUUAUGAACUCAGUGUUUAAGACUAUUCUAGACUUGACGUAUCCAAUAACCUCUAUGUUUUCUGGAGCGGCUUUUAACAACACCAUCAACAAUAUCUUCAAAGAUAAGCAGAUAGAGGAUCUGUGGAUUCCUUACUUCGCUAUCACAACUGACAUCACUGCCUCAGCAAUGAGGGUCCACACGGACGGCUCUCUGUGGAGAUAUGUCCGUGCCAGCAUGUCCCUCUCUGGGUAUAUGCCUCCCCUCUGUGACCCGAAGGAUGGGCAUCUCUUGAUGGAUGGAGGCUAUAUCAACAACCUUCCAGCUGAUGUUGCGAGGUCCAUGGGCGCAAAGGUGGUGAUCGCGAUCGAUGUGGGGAGCCGGGAUGAGACCGAUCUCACCAACUACGGCGACUGCUUGUCUGGCUGGUGGCUGCUCUGGAAGAGGUGGAAUCCACUGGCCGAGAAAGUCAAGGUGCUGAAUAUGGCAGAGAUCCAGACGCGGCUUGCGUACGUGUGCUGUGUGCGGCAGCUGGAGAUGGUGAAGAACAGCGAUUACUGCGAGUAUAUCCGGCCGCCCAUUGACCGAUACGGUACCCUGGACUUUGGGAAAUUUGAUGAAAUCUGUGAAGUGGGAUAUCAGCAUGGGAAAACCGUAUUUAAUGUCUGGUGCAGGAGUGGAGUCCUUGACAAGAUGCUGAGAGACAGGCAAGAGACUGGCAAAUCCAAAACUGAGAAUGUGACCUGUCCCACCACCUCUUUUACGGACCUGGCAGAAAUCGUGUCCAGGAUCGAGCCCGUGAAGGCACCCGUGGCAGACGAUGAGUCAGACUACCAGACUGAGUACGAGGAAGAAGUUCUGGACAACCAGAAGGAUGAUUAUAUCGAUUUCAUAAGGAACCAGGUUGAAGAAGACUCUGAGUCGGAUGAAGAUAUGCAGAUCAGAAAGCGCAGGAAUCUCCCCAACGUGGAUGGCCAGGCAAGCAGCACGGGAGAGCCAGGCUAG